GUCAUGUACACUGUGUAUGUUAUACCAUUUUUGUCUGUUUUUACCGGUUUACUAGAAGGGGAAUCUGCCUAUAGAACAUAGAAGCAGAGCAUAGAUAGAUCAAACAACAUCCAUCCAUGCAUAGCAUUUCAUCCAUGCAUAGCAGAAACAACACAACAAGAUCAAAACCGCGAAAGCCUGAUCCGUCUAAAUCCAAAAAGCAGGACGAUCCUCCCGCCGCGCUGCCGACCAUGGACAAUGAACCUUUUGCGCCGGUCCAGGCAACUCCACGUCCCUUGGAAAGCCCAUCCGCCGUCCACCACUCAAACACAACCCAUCAUCCAUCAUCAGUGCCCAUAUCCCAUCGCUCAUGGCCUCGUCUCCCAUCCCUCGUUCCUCAUACUCCGGCGGCAAUGCGAUAUUGCUCAGCAAAAAAGCAGAACAGCAACAACACGCCGCGCUAUAAACCAGACGAUCCAAACCUAACGCAAGAGAACGGGAGAAAUGAAAAAGGGAAUGUCAAAUGGCGAAACAGCAAACAAGCGAAAAGGUAUCAAAAGCCAAACCGACUAACAAUGUAGCAGAAUAACUAUCUCCAAAAAAUAGUGAGUAAGAAAAGACGUUGGUGUGGUUACCGAGACGGCCAGUUUGAGCUUGAAGCGCUCAUGGAACCGAAUUCAGUGACUGGCCCGCCGGUUAUCAGAACCCAUGCCGAUCAUGGCAUCCGGUUCAAACAAUCGCUGUGGCGGACGCUUGCUGAGUGUGUCUGAGCUCAG